CACUCACCCAGCACUCUCAUUCCAAACCCAUCCUCUAACCAUCCUCCAAAAACCCAGAAAGAUUUAAAAAGAAAAGAAAUCAAUGCCUCACCACCGCGCAACCCUCCUUCCCAUCCUCCUCAGUCCCCUCCUCUCGGCCCCAGUCCACGCCGCAUCCCACUCCGCCGUUCUCCACGCCAUUCAACCCAGCGCAGCUUUCCUCUCGUCCUCAUCGUCAUCACUACCAACCCGACCCGCCCGCUUCUUCUCCCAAUCUCCAAACACUCAGCUCUACUCAAUCCUCAACGCGCAGUGUCCCGCACCAUUCUCCACCCCCAAUCACCACACCCACCCAACACCAACACCCGCGUACACCAAAUCCAGAUCCCACUCCACAAUGUCCUCAACGCCAGAAACCAACACCACCACCAACAACAAAACCCCAACAGACUCCCAACCCGCCAGCGUAAACUCCGAAGAAUACCUCGCUCUCCCCGACGCAAGCUCUACCGCAUCCGGCACAGGCACAACCAAGCUCGAUAUCAGCGAGGGCGGCUCGACCGUGAAGUUGGACCACAUGGGCCCGCUGGUCGUUAAUCAGGAUGGGUCGCUGUCGCGGAUUGCGAAUUGGGAUCAGAUGGCGGAGAUUGAGAAGAAGAAUACGUUGAGGGUGUUGGGGAAGAGGAAUAAGGCGCGGUUGGAGGCGUUGAGGAAGAAGGACGGGGAGGGGGAGGGGAAUUGA